GGCGCCGUCGUCCAACUUGACUCGGGCUCCGCUCGUGGGGGAAGGUCAAAGGUUUCAAUUCCGCCCGAAGGGCGGUUGUUUGUCGUUUCCAACCGUUGGAUUCGUGAGCUGCUUGCUUUAUCAACCGUAGCUGAGUUCGAGUUCAGCGCGGUUUCCUCCUGAGUAAAACCUUUCUUCGCUUGCGGAUUUUUAUUCCCAGAAGGGAACCCAUCUUCUGGGUAGAAAAAUGGCUGGCAACUCACCACAAAUACAAAUCUGCCCCUACUGCAAAAAGCAGUUUAAACGUCUCAAGUCUCACCUGCCUCACUGUAAGAUGGCAGGUAGUGAAGAUUCAAGAGAAGCUUUGCCUCUCUUCAAAAAAGCUUGUGAUUCUGAGCGGCUAAGUACUGAGAAAAAGAAAUGGCAGAUCAGAAGCUUAAAAACUUCCCCCGAAGAAGAAGAAGAAAGCAAAAAGAGUAAAACUGACUUGGUAACAAAAAAAGGAAGAAGAAAAAAUAUUGGAGUAACUGAAACAGUUGUAAACAGCAACCUGCCUAAAGAUAAAGAUACAGAAAAGAAAAUUAAAAGUGCUAGUGAAAAGUCUCCCCAAACAAGGGAAAAUAAACAAAAAACUUCAGAAGCGCUUUCAGCACCAGUAGAUUUGUUUCCAAAAACAAAUCUCCCAGAGAAGUUAUCCACAGUCGAAAAAAACAAUAGAACUUCUUUACUUAAAGAAGAGAUAAUACCUGGUCUUAGUUUAGAAUCACUGACACAAAGUGGAAAAGCCACUUCAGAACCACAUCAAAAACCCUGCACAAAACAGAACGUAGAGUCACCUGGAGAGCAGCGUGCAUCCCUUUCAACAAAUAAUUUCAUUGAGAGUCUUCAACCAAUUCAUCAAGGACUUGGUGGCAGAAUAGAACAGAUCACUGCCUCUCAUCAUGUGACAGCAUUAGAAAACAGAUGUGAAUCCUCUAGUCAUGAUAGUUUGUCAAAUGAAAAUAUCCUUGAUAACAGUAAAACAGGACAGUGGCCUCUGAAAUCAGUGUCAGCAGAAGCAAACAUUGCUUUGGCCAAUAGGCAGCAAAUUAUUACAGGCAAUGUGGACAAGAAGAACAUUUUAGAACUUGAAGGAAAUUUCAAAAAUCGAAGCACGGAAAAUGACAUAUCCACAAUUAAAGCAUGCACAUCACAGGACCGUGUUGUUGUAGACAGCUAUGGAAAGGUUACCAGAGGUCCAGUCCACUUGUUUAAAAGUAAGUUAAAUGCAAAUUCGUUAUUUUUGAAAGCAGAGGAUUAUCCUAAGGAACACCUCAUUGAUCCAGAUCCUAGGCCAAAUGUUUGUCACACAUUCACAGAAGUUCUCAGAGAAAUGAAAGUUGAUAAAACUUCUAGCUACUUAAGUGCUUUGGAGAAAAAUACAUAUUUGUGCUCAAGAGCCUUUGAGACAAAAGAAGGUAAAAAUUCAGUGAUGGGUUUAAGCAAACCCUCACUCCAAGAAUUAAAAAUGACUACUUUUCCAGAACAAAGCAUAAAACUCUCUUCAUUAGGACUCGAGUGGUUCUCUGAACUGUAUCCCAAUUACCAGAGGCUGAGCUUACUUUUAGAGAGACAAUCAGAAUGGGAUACCAAAAUAUCAGAAGCUCACAUUCUGCUUUGUGGCAAGCACAAAGUUCCUCUGGCAGAAAAGAAUCUAAAGGUUAUCAAACCUCAGGGUCUGCCACAGAGGAUACUUGAAGCAACAUUCAGAGCCUGGAACGGAUACUUGAACAGGAACAUUAAUGUGAAAAAGUAUGGAUUGCCUGGGAUUUCUCUGCUGCUGCUGGGCUUGUGUACCUUUGGCUAUGCCUGGAGAUAUCACAUUAAAUUUAAGCGGAGGAAAUACCCAGAUGAAGAUGCAACAGUAUAAAUAUGCAUUUGCAUACUGCUCAAUCAUGGAACUGGCCAGUAAAAUGGAUAUUAUCUGUGCUGCAGAAGUAACAUGACAGUAUUUUGACUAGUCACUUGGGAUCUCUUUAGAAAUGGUAACCUCCCAUGGUAUGUUGGUUAAAAAAAAAAACAAUCUCGUAAUCCUGGCUUUUCUUGGGCAGGAUCUGAUGUCCAUUUUGCAUCAUCUGCAGUGUUUAUUUGAGACUCCUUUUGACCCGCAGAAUGUAAUUAGUGGAAAAAGUGCUCUCUGGGGUGUCCUCUGCCACCUGGGUCCUCUGUAAGUGCUGGGAGUGGAAGAGCACAGCGGGCCACAUCCAGGAAAUUGUUUCAGUGGACCAUAGUGGGGGAAGACAAGACAUCCCACUAGGGUACAUUAGGGCUUGAUUUUCUUCCCUGUCCUGUUAAACAUUCAUGUGAAAGUGCUGGGAGAGAUCCUCUGUUGGUUUGGUAAGAUGCCACCAGUAUGCUGAUGAGCCAUAGCUCUUCAUUACACUGGAAGCUUAACUGGGGGAGUUGUGGAAGUCCUGACUGAAUUGAAAUCCAACAAGACAGAGUUGGGUUUAUUGUGAGGCAGGUGGUUCCUUAUAGCAGCGGUCCCCAAUCUUUGUGGCUUGGUAGCCUGGCUAGGGGGGAUGGGAAGUGGGCCAUGUGACUGGUGGGCCAGUGUGGCGUGCACAUAACCCUUGUACCAGCACUGGGCUGGUGCACAUGUGCACAAAUGCCUGCCAGUCCACCACUUGUGCAGGUUGAGCCACACACUUGUGCAAGCUCUGGCCAGCCACUCAUGCGGCCCAAUUCUGAAUAGGCCAUCGCCCGGUAGUGGGCCACAGCUUGGAGGUUGGGGGCCCCUGCCUUAUAGAGCCAGGCUGUAAGCCCUUUUAGUUUUGAAUUCUGAAACCAACUUUUUGAACCAGAUAUAUGGAGAAAAUAAUUACCAAGAUCUUUGCAUUCUAGAGUAAUCUUCACUGUUUUCAUCUAGCUUCUACAUACGGAACUUUCCAGGUACUUUACAGAUAGUUGUAUAUUUGGUAUUCUGCAAUGGCCUUAGUAUUAUGUAACCAAAAUGUAACUGUUUGUUACCAAAUCAGUCUUUUUAGGAGUGGCUGUUGUGCAAAUACAGACCUUACUAUUGCUGUCCCCUUGAAAGUCCAGUCACAACGUCUUUCUUAAUGUUAUCCAU